AUGUCUUUGUCAAAGCCGAAGGAGCAGCUUGUUCUCGAGCUGAGCUGUCCCAUCUGCCUUCAGCUCUACUCCAACCCAGUGGUUCUCCCCUGUGGGCACAACUACUGCCAAGCUUGCAUCUGCAAGUCCUUGGACAUCACGGACAAGUGUGGCGAAACGCUUCCACGUUGCCCGGAGUGUCGAGUGGAAUUUGAGGGUGCGGGCUCCCUCCAGAGGAACUUCAAACUCUGCGGCAUCAUUGAGGGUUACCAAGCCACCAUACCGAAUCUGGACAGCCAGCACGACACUUUGUCCAAGACCAUGGAAGUUCUCUGCGACUACUGCAUCGACCAGCCAGCGUUGGCUGUGAAGUCCUGCCUGAAGUGUGAGGUGUCCCUGUGCUCCAGGCAUCUUCAGAGACACCACGAGAAGGAGUCAUUCAAAAUGCACGCCGUGGUGGAGCCUCUGAAUGAGCUGGGGGUGAAGGGCUGUGCUGUCCACCAGCAGCAGCUUGAGUACUUCUGUUCCAAUGACAUGACCUCGCUGUGCAGCACAUGCUUCAUACAGGGUCAUCACCAGAACCAUGAUGUGCUCACCUUCAGCGUGGCCGAAGAAGAGAUGAGGCGGGCACUGGCGAGCCGCAAUAAGCUUUUGUCCUGCAGGCUGCAGAUGAACGAGACUCUCCUUCAGAAAACGGCAGAGGAGCAGGGAGCCUCUGAAGCCAUAGGUGACAAACUGAUCAACAAGGCUGUCUCACUCAUGGACAGUAUGGCUGCACUCGUGGACAGGUACAGGGAGCGUCUGCUUAUGCUUUUGGAGGAGGAGAAAGGCCAGCGCAGGAAUAGCUGGCAGCACGGAGUGAGUGCACUGGAAGAGCAACAGCAGCUGUUACUAGAUGCCCAGCGAAGUGCAUCACAGGCCCUGAGUGAGACUGACCCAUGCGUCUUCAUACACAGGUACACCAGAACUAAACUGAGAAAGGUUGUGGAAGUCACCGUCCCCUCCACAAUCCCAUCAAAGGCACCGCUCAACACCAGGCGUCUCCAGACAGGCCUCAAAACCCAGGACUUCCGCUCAGAAAUGACCCGCUUCCUGGAUUCUCUUCACAUCAUCCUCAACCCGCUGGACCUCUCCUUCAACAUCUGCACCGCCCAUCCCAGCCUGAUCGUGUCCAAUGACCUGCGUACGGUCAAGUACAGUUCCAGCAAGCAGUCUUACCCAGAGCACACGGAGCGUUUCACAAGUGCACCACAGGUUCUGUGCAGCCAAGGUUUCUCAAGUGGUGAGCAUGUGUGGGUAGUGGAGGUGGGGGCCAACAGCAUGUGGUCACUGGGCGUGUGUUACAAGAGCAUCCCGCGCCGUGGUGACCACAGUCGUUUGGGACACAACUCUGUGUCCUGGCGACUGCAGUGGAAAAACGGCAAGCUGACAGUGUGCCAGUCCUCCUCUAAUGUGGCCCUUGGAGAAACGACUACCCAUCCGCUGAGGAUUGAGGUAGCGUUGGACUAUGAGGGGGGUACGUUGUCGUUCCACAGCACCAAAGGGCGCAGGGACCACCUGCAUACCUUCAGGGCUGUGUUUAGGGAGCCAGUUUACCCAGUGUUUAGUAUUCAAUCAAACACACCAGAGUCCUGGAUCACUCUGAACAGUGGGAUGUGA